AUGACUAGAACUGAAGACAUAACUCGUCCCACCACUGCAAAUAUUUACGAUACUUCAAGUCUUUCAACUAUCACUGAAGAGUUAGCAACAAUGCUUAUUGAGUCUAAAGCCAAUCAAGAAAACAAAAUGCUGAACCAAAUACAAAAAAUUAAAAAUCCUCAAACUUCUCAAAUCGAUUACAAUUCUGAGCUAGAUCAUAAACUCGAUCGAAUAGCAGAAAAGAUAGGUGAAAAAAUUAAUGAGGACUUAGAAACUAUAGCUAAUGAUAUAAUUGGAUUAGUGGAUGAGUUUCUUGGUUAUAUUAUGGAGAAAGUAAAAGAGAAAAGUUUGAGUGUUGCUAAGGAUAUCAGACGUACCUAUGUAUACAAUUUAGGUGAAACUCCUGCAGCACCCCAUAAUAAAGAUGUCACUGAAGCAUAUGCAUCGGAGCUUACUUUCUCACAUCCCUACAAAGAAAUUCUCAAAAUUCUUCAAAUCAAUUGUACUUCAUCUGAAAUAAGUAAAGAUGAAGCUGAAACAUUAGCCAAAAAGCGUAGAAGAAAAAAAUUAUAUGUUCCAGAAAUGGCUUUUAGAUCAGAAGCUAUCCAUAUUAUUAAACAAAUCGAUCGAGCUAUAAGGGUUGAUGAAUCAGGUAAAAAAGGUAGUGGUCGGGUUCAACCUGAUAAACGUAUUUGUAUUACUUAA